AUGCUGAACAGAGUGGUUGGGUUUCUGAGAAUUGAUAAGGAAUCUAUCAGCAACCUAUUAUUUACUGUCAAAUUCGCAAGUACAGUAACACUUGUGUCAACUACAAUUUAUAGCUCUUAUGUUUUCUACAAAAAUGAUUUCAACAUCACGCGAUCUGCCAAAUAUUUCACUAGACUCCACUAUAAGAUUCGAUAUGGAGAAUUUAAAUAUAAAAAAACACCGGAUUCGUUUUUUAUGUUGUCUCUAAGUGAAAAAUUGUGUCAUAAUAUAUCAAUCUACUUCAUCCAACUCGAUUUGGAUAAGGAAAAUGGAGUUACAUAUUCCGAUCUAACCAAACUAUGGAAUCAAUUUGAGCUUGAUAAUGAUCAUUUAAAUAAAUUUAUCGCAGAUAAACAAUCGGGCACUCCUACAGAGAAAUUGCUUCAUGGUUGUACAUUACAAACGUUUGGCGAGGCUUUUGAGUCUCUCAUCUUAAAAAUACGAGGCACAGAUCGCAAAAAAGCUGAUGACUUAGAAAUCAGCAUUUGCGAAAAGUUAGAAGAGAUUAAUAAAUUGACUACAACCCCAGAAAACAUCCAAUUUACCCUUUCCAAUCCAUACAUUUCGGCUACAGUUAGUGAUAUUUGUGAUAAAUUGUUAACAGUUAAGAAGAGUAAAAUGGUCGAGGAAGCUGAGGUUAAGCAGAACAUUCUAGAACUACAAACUGAAAUGCUUGCACUGGAAAAACAAAUAUCACAACACAAGUCUGUAAAGAAACCUCUAACGCACGCUGAACAGGAACGCAUUAGGAUAGCCCAGGAACAGGUUGAUGAGUUAAAAUCAGAGAUUAAGAAGCUGUAUAGAGGUCUCAAUUCCUGGUUUUGA